AGACUUACAGAUUACUUUACUUCAUGGCGAAUCAAGAUUCAUAACAAUAUCGAAUUCUUCUUGACAAAUUUUUAAAAGUACUUGAAAAGCAUUUUGUGUAUGUUGGAUUAAUUAAUAAGCAACGAUAAUUAAUGAUGAAUACAUUUUGGAAAUAACGUUUUGUUAAAUCAGUUAAAUAGUUAAAUAAUACCGCUCAAGAUGAAAUGUCGGAAAUGUGCAUAACUUUUAAAGCUAGUAAUACAUACAACGAUCAAUAACUCUUAAUUAAUUUUUCAUUAAUAAAUGACUGACAGAAUGGCUAGUAGAGAAACAUCAAUUAAUUCAAAAAAUUCGGAUGAUCAUAGUGUAGAGACAUUAGCAGAAGUCUUCAGAUGUUUUAUUUGUAUGGAAAAAUUGACAGAUGCACAUCUUUGUCCUCAUUGCAGUAAAUUAUGUUGCUACACAUGUAUCAGAAGAUGGUUAACAGAACAACGUUCUCAAUGUCCUCAUUGUAGAGCUUCUUUACUUUUACAUGAAUUAGUAAAUUGUAGAUGGGUUGAAGAAGUAACACAACAACUUGACACACUUCAAGCUGUUGGUAUUUCAAAUUCUAGACACGAUGAUUCCAGUAGAGAUAGGUGUACUGUGCACCGUGAAAAACUGUCUGUUUAUUGCUGGACUUGUCGUAGAUGUAUAUGUCAUCAGUGUGCUCUUUGGGGUGGCACCCAUUCAGGACAUACUUUUAAACCAUUAGAAGAAGUUUAUGAACAACAUGUUACACAAAUAAAAGCAGAAGUAGGUCAAUUAAAAAGAAGAUUGAUGGAGUUAAUAAGCCUUGUUCAAGAAGUAGAACGAAAUGUAGAAUCUGUAAGAGCUGCAAAAGAUGAAAGAGUUAGAGAAAUCAGAAAUGCAGUAGAAUUAAUGAUAGCACGUUUAGAUUCUCAGUUAAAAGCUAAAUUAUUAACAUUAAUGAGUCAGAAAAACUCUUUGACACUAGAAACAGAACAACUGGAAGCAUUAUUGCAAGAAGUAGAGCAUCAAUUGCACACUUGUACUCGUUCUGAACUUAUAAUUAAAAGUGCAGAUCUUUCGCGAAUGAUACAUCAAGUACGGAAGAAACCAAUGACUAGUUUUGUUACUGCUCCUGUUCCAGCAGAUUUUCAUAGCGAAAUUGUUCCGGGAUAUGAUAGCGCUACAUUUGCAAUGCAAAAUUUUACACAAUUACAAUUAAAAGCAGAUCCAGUAUAUUCUGCACCUUUACAUGUUAAUGGAUUAUGCUGGAGAUUAAAAGUAUAUCCUGAUGGAAACGGUGUUGUACGCGGGAAUUAUUUAUCUGUUUUUCUAGAACUGAGCGCUGGUUUGCCAGAAACGUCGAAAUAUGAAUAUAGAGUAGAAAUGAUUCACCAAGGAUCUCGUGAUACAAGUAAGAAUAUUGUUCGAGAAUUUGCUUCUGAUUUCGAAAUUGGUGAAUGCUGGGGAUACAAUAGAUUUUUCAGAUUAGAUUUGCUUGCAACUGAAGGAUAUUUAAAUACCGAAUUGGAUACUCUUAUAUUGCGGUUUCAAGUACGUCCACCAACAUUUUAUCAGCGUUGCAGAGAUCAACAAUGGUAUAUCAGUCAAUUACUUACAGUUCAAAAUCAAUAUGCCACUCAAAUUAAUGAAUUAAAAGAGAGACUAGCAAUUGAAAUAUCACGAAAUGCUAUGGCAGCAACUCGAGUACCUAGUGGAGCAACUUUAUGUGGAUCUACAUCAAAUGUGACACCUAUGAUUAUGCAACAACAAUCACAAACUGCUGGUGAUUCGUUACUUAACUCCAAUUCUACUCGUUCAGGUGAAACAUAUCAAAAUAGCACAUCCACAAGUAGAUCAAUACAAAAUGUACUUCCUGGUGGAAGUAAUAGUGAUGUUUUAUCUGGAGAUCAAUUAAUGCCUAUGUGUGAAUUAGGAGAACCUUCAAAUAUGCGUCCUCUUGGUUCUUCUUCGACGUUAUCUUCUAUUUCAUCGAAAACAAGUUUAAAACAGCACAGAGUAAAUAAUUUAAGUGUCGUUGAAGCUGAACCACCUAAUAUGCAUAGUACAAAUGAUAGUUCUGUGGGAGAUUGUCCAGCUACAAGUGCUCAUUCUCCACCUCCUUCAUAUUCUUCACCAACAGUUAAUCAACAACAACUUAAUCAACAAUUGAAUCUUUUGUCUAGUAGCAGCAGUAGCGAUAGUGGAGAAUUAAGUGAACAUGAUAUAUAUUUGGAUGAAUGCGAGCAUAACGAACCACAUCUAACACUUCUGGAUGACAAUUCUAAUGAUGAAAAUGAUGUAGAUGAUGAAACAAUGUCAGGAGAAAACGAUGUAGAAGUUGCCGAAUCAUUAUCAGCAUGGAUUCAGAAUAAACAAUGUACAAAACAACAGAAUAAUCGAGAAAAUACAGGAGAUAUUUGGAGAUUAGGAGGUACUGAUAGUUUGGAAGAUGAGAUUAUGUUGCAGUUAUUUGAAAUGCAAGAUCGAAAUUCUGCUUGGACUUCAUUAUGUUUUAAUCAACCUGUAGAUGAUACUUGUAAUUCAAGAACAUCUUUAACGACUUUACAACAUCAUAAUUCCAAUCCUUUACAACCAGAACAUGAUUCAACAUGUAAUGAACAAUUUACUGACAAACGUUCCACCUGUCCUUCACAUCUCUGUCAACCUCAAAUAAUAUGUAGUGGUAGAUCAAAAUUAAGUCAAUUAUCCAAUAUUUGUCAGCAAGUUUCUGGAUUAAUAGCUUGUGGAAGUCAAACAAGAUCUGAACCUGCAACUCGUUCAAAUUCAAUAGACUGUGAAAAGGAACUUCCAAAGAUAUCUAUGAUUAAUAAAGUUAAUCACGAAAUAGAAAUAUCUAGAUCUAAUUUGAUAGUGCCAAAUGUAGUACUGGAUAGUAAUAAAAUAGUAUCAAAACAUUUAUUAUCACGACGACAAUCUUCGCCAUCAUCGUCCACUAAUAUUAGUAUUAUAAAUAAUGAAAAUAGCAAAAUAUUUGAAUUUGAACAAUUGUUGGAAACUAUUCAAUUGUCUCCGAUAUCUCAAAAAGAUACUGCCAAUUGUUUUAAUAAAUUAAGGAAAAAUAUUCCAUUAGAAGGAAAAUCUAAUGGUUGCGUCACUGCCACUAUAAAAUCUACUGCACUUUCUUUAGGACAUGAUGUUCCAUUAUCGUCCACAAGCAGCACAGAUACUAUUCCAAGUUCCAAUAAUUACAGUUGGGCACCUGCAUUAUAUCAACAUAAACACGGUCAGAAAAAUAUUUUAGAGGCUACUGCAUCAUCUAAUGAUACUUCCAAUAAAUGCACAGCAGAAAAAUCAUUAGAAGAAACUAAUUCGUGAAAUUAAAUUUGAGCUGUAUCUGACAUCUUUAACGCUAUAAAUAUUCUGUGAUUUUUUUUAUUUACAUAUAUACAAUGUGUUAAUUAAUAUUGUUAAAGCAAUAAGUAGUAAGAAUUAGAGACUUAAUAUUUGAAUAUUCUAAUAAUAGUGGUAAGUGUAAUAUUUUAUUAAAAAUGAUAUUUUUUGUAACAAGUACUAAAUAUUGUAAAAAAAUAUUGCACGUUUAUUUUAUGAUUAUAUCAAUACUGCUUAACUCUUAAUUGGACAUCAGUAUUACAACAUUGAUUUUUUUCAAUUUAAAAAAUAUAUAAAAAAAAAUAUUAUGUAUAUAAAAUAUAUUUAAUUCUAAGUAAACUUAUAUUCAAUUAUUAAUAUAUUGUAUAAUAUGAAAAUACUCAAUAUGUUUAUCUCUGCAAUUGGUUAUGGUAUUACAAAUAUUAUAAGAACAAAUUUUAUAUUAUUUUUAUGUGAUUGCUUGUGAAUAUACAUAAAGCGAGCACAGCCCAUGACAGUAAAAUAAAAUAAAGAACAUUAAAUAUA